CGCUUCUUCGUAGUGUGGCGACCGCCUUUGGUAAAAAUAUAAAUGAGAUCUUUCAUCCCUUUCCUUGAUACUCUACUUCUUCCGUUUCCUCUCACUCCAGAUCUUCCUUUUAGAUGUUUAUCGCUGCUCUAGAUCUCGCAGCGAUUUGAAUCUCGCGUGUUUGACUCGACUCGAGAAAUUGAACAUUAAUAUCAACGUAGGUCUCCGAUUAGAUCAAUUAUCUGCUUCGAUCUGAUCUAAUAUGGCGGCAGCCAACGCUCCGAUCUCCAUGAAGGAGGUCUUAACUUUGCCCAGUAUUGGGAUCAAUCCACAACAUAUUACCUUCACGAAUGUGACUAUGGAAUCGGACAAGUAUAUUUGUGUUCGGGAAACGACGCCACAGAACAGUGUUGUGAUCAUCGAUAUGAAUAUGCCAAUGCAGCCGUUGAGACGGCCAAUCACAGCUGACUCUGCACUUAUGAAUCCUAACACUAGAAUCCUUGCUCUGAAAGCUCAAUUACCGGGGACCACACAAGAUCACUUACAAAUAUUUAACAUUGAGUUGAAAGCAAAAAUUAAAUCACACCAGAUGCCAGAGCAAGUUGUCUUUUGGAAGUGGAUUAGCCCCAAGAUGUUGGGUAUAGUCACUCAGACCGCAGUAUAUCAUUGGUCCAUGGAAGGUGAUUCUGAGCCAGUUAAGAUGUUUGAUAGAACAGCUAACUUGGCCAACAAUCAGAUUAUAAACUACAAAUGUGACCCUUCUGAGAAGUGGUUGGUUUUGAUUGGAAUUACUCCUGGCUCAGCUGAGAGGCCACAAUUGGUUAAAGGGAACAUGCAACUUUUCUCUGUGGAUCAGCAGCGUAGCCAAGCACUUGAAGCACAUGCUGCAUCAUUUGCCCAAUUUAAGGUUCCAGGGAAUGAGAAUCCUUCUAUUCUUAUUUCCUUUGCCACCAAGUCUCUCAAUGCUGGUCAAGUCACAUCAAAGCUGCAUGUUAUUGAGCUUGGUGCCCAGCCAGGAAGGCCAGCUUUUACAAAGAAACAGGCAGAUCUUUUCUUUCCCCCUGAUUUUGCUGAUGACUUUCCAGUGGCAAUGCAGAUAUCCCACAAGUACAGUUUGAUAUACGUUAUCACCAAGCUUGGACUACUGUUUGUAUAUGAUUUGGAGACUGCUGCUGCUGUAUACAGAAAUAGAAUUAGUCCUGAUCCAAUAUUUCUGACAGCCGAAGCUUCAUCUGUGGGUGGUUUUUAUGCCAUCAAUAGGCGAGGCCAGGUGUUGCUUGCUACUGUGAAUGAAGCAACAAUAGUACCUUUUGUUAGUGGCCAAUUAAAUAAUUUGGAACUCGCUGUCAAUCUCGCUAAAAGGGGAAACCUUCCUGGUGCGGAGAAUCUGGUUGUGCAGCGAUUCCAAGAGUUGUUUUCACAAACAAAGUAUAAAGAGGCUGCUGAACUUGCUGCAGAGUCUCCUCAGGGACUACUCCGCACACCUGACACAGUGGCCAAAUUUCAGAGUGUUCCUGUGCAAGCUGGACAGACACCACCUUUGUUGCAGUACUUUGGGACACUUUUAACAAGAGGAAAGCUCAAUGCAUUCGAGUCAUUGGAAUUAUCUCGUCUUGUUGUGAACCAGAACAAAAAGAAUCUUCUGGAGAACUGGUUGGCUGAGGACAAGUUGGAGUGCAGUGAGGAACUUGGAGACCUUGUGAAGACUGUGGAUAAUGAUCUUGCAUUGAAAAUAUAUAUAAAAGCUAGAGCAACCCCAAAAGUUGUUGCUGCUUUUGCAGAACGUAGAGAGUUUGACAAAAUUCUCAUUUACUCGAAGCAGGUUGGGUAUACGCCUGACUAUUUGUUUCUUCUCCAAACAAUUCUCCGUACAGAUCCCCAGGGAGCUGUUAAUUUUGCCUUAAUGAUGUCUCAAAUGGAGGGGGGCUGUCCAGUUGAUUACAAUACCAUUACAGAUCUUUUUCUCCAGAGGAACCUGAUCCGUGAAGCGACAGCCUUCUUAUUGGACGUUUUGAAGCCAAAUCUUCCUGAACAUGGUUAUCUUCAAACUAAGGUCUUGGAAAUCAAUCUUGUAACUUUUCCAAAUGUAGCUGAUGCUAUUUUGGCCAAUGGAAUGUUCAGCCACUAUGAUCGUCCUCGAAUAGCCCAACUUUGUGAAAAAGCUGGUCUCUAUAUGCGAGCUUUACAACAUUACACCGAGUUACCAGAUAUUAAGCGUGUCAUUGUCAACACUCAUGCAAUUGAGCCACAGUCACUUGUUGAAUUUUUUGGCACUCUUUCACGGGAAUGGGCUUUGGAGUGCAUGAAGGACCUUUUACUUGUUAAUCUAAGAGGCAACCUACAGAUAAUUGUGCAGACUGCCAAAGAAUACUGUGAGCAAUUGGGUGUUGAUGCAUGCAUAAAACUUUUUGAGCAGUUUAAGUCGUAUGAGGGGCUUUACUUCUUCCUGGGGUCAUAUUUGAGUUCAAGUGAGGAUCCUGAUAUACACUUCAAGUACAUAGAGGCAGCUGCUAAAACUGGACAAAUAAAGGAGGUGGAGCGAGUUACAAGAGAAUCAAAUUUCUAUGAUGCUGAAAAGACAAAGAACUUUUUGAUGGAAGCAAAGCUUCCUGAUGCCAGGCCACUGAUUAAUGUUUGUGACCGUUUUGGUUUCGUUCCAGAUUUGACACACUACCUGUACACAAACAACAUGCUUCGCUACAUUGAAGGUUAUGUUCAGAAGGUAAACCCAGGGAAUGCUCCAUUAGUUGUGGGGCAGCUAUUGGAUGAUGAAUGCCCAGAAGAUUUUAUUAAAGGCCUCAUUCUUUCUGUCCGUUCUUUGCUUCCAGUUGAGCCCCUUGUUGAAGAAUGUGAGAAGAGGAAUCGACUUCGUUUACUCACUCAGUUCUUGGAGCAUCUUGUAAGUGAAGGAAGCCAAGAUGUUCAUGUACACAAUGCCCUGGGUAAAAUAAUCAUUGACAGCAAUAACAAUCCGGAGCACUUCCUGACUACUAACCCAUACUAUGACUCAAGAGUGGUGGGCAAGUAUUGUGAGAAGCGGGAUCCAACACUGGCAGUUGUUGCUUACCGCAGAGGACAAUGUGAUGAUGAGCUGAUCAAUGUCACUAAUAAGAACUCUUUAUUUAAAUUGCAAGCCAGAUAUGUGGUUGAAAGGAUGGAUGCUGAUCUUUGGGAGAAGGUUCUUAAUCCUGAGAAUUCUUUCAGAAGACAGCUCAUUGAUCAAGUUGUAUCUACAGCAUUGCCAGAGAGCAAGAGCCCAGAACAAGUUUCAGCUGCUGUUAAAGCUUUCAUGACUGCUGAUCUGCCCCAUGAACUAAUUGAACUUUUGGAGAAGAUUGUGCUGCAAAAUUCUGCUUUCAGUGGAAACUUCAACUUGCAAAACCUGCUUAUCUUGACAGCUAUUAAGGCUGAUCCUUCUAGAGUCAUGGAUUAUAUUAAUCGAUUAGAUAAUUUUGAUGGACCUGCAGUAGGGGAAGUGGCUGUUGAAGCCCAAUUAUAUGAAGAAGCAUUUGCGAUUUUCAAGAAGUUCAAUUUGAAUGUACAGGCUGUUAAUGUCUUGUUGGACAAUAUUCGAAGCAUUGAACGGGCCGUGGAGUUUGCUUUCCGUGUCGAAGAGGAUGCAGUUUGGAGCCAGGUGGCAAAGGCUCAACUCAGGGAGGGGCUGGUGAGUGAUGCAAUUGAGUCAUUUAUUCGUGCUGAUGAUUCUACUCAGUUCCUUGAAGUUAUUCGUGCUGCUGAGGAUGUAGAUGUGUACCAUGACUUGGUCAGAUACCUUCUGAUGGUUAGGCAGAAGGUAAAAGAGCCCAAGGUGGAUAGUGAGCUCAUUUAUGCAUAUGCAAAGAUUGAUAGGCUGGGUGAUAUUGAAGAAUUUAUUCUCAUGCCAAAUGUUGCUAAUCUUCAAAGUGUGGGUGAUCGCUUGUAUGACGACACCCUCUAUGAGGCUGCAAAAAUAAUAUAUGCAUUUAUAUCUAACUGGGCGAAGUUGGCCGUUACUCUUGUGAAGCUGAAGCAAUUCCAGGGUGCUGUUGAUGCAGCACGAAAAGCUAACAGUGCAAAGACAUGGAAGGAAGUUUGUUUUGCUUGUGUUGAUGCAGAGGAGUUCCGUUUAGCUCAGAUUUGUGGGCUUAACAUUAUUGUACAGGUUGAUGACUUGGAAGAAGUCAGUGAAUAUUACCAGAACAGAGGAUAUUUCAAUGAAUUAAUCUCUCUUAUGGAGAGUGGUUUAGGUUUGGAACGUGCUCAUAUGGGAAUAUUUACUGAGUUGGGAGUUCUUUAUGCUAGAUAUCGUUAUGAAAAGCUUAUGGAGCACAUCAAAUUGUUUUCCACCCGUCUCAAUAUUCCCAAGCUUAUCAGAGCUUGUGAUGAACAACAGCAUUGGGAAGAACUUACCUAUUUGUACAUACUGUAUGAUGAGUUUGAUAAUGCUGCUACGACAAUCAUGAACCAUUCACCUGAAGCUUGGGAUCACAUGCAAUUCAAAGAUGUAGCUGUCAAAGUUGCUAAUGUGGAGUUAUAUUAUAAGGCUGUUCACUUUUACUUGCAAGAGCAUCCAGAUCUUAUCAAUGACCUGCUCAAUGUGCUCGCCCUGCGUGUGGACCAUACACGCGUUGUUGAUAUUAUGCGAAAGGCUGGUCAUCUUCUCCUUGUGAAGCCAUAUAUGGUUGCUGUUCAGAGCAACAAUGUGUCUGCUGUGAAUGAGGCUUUAAAUGAGAUUUAUGUUGAGGAGGAGGACUACGAGAGAUUGCGUGAAUCAAUUGAUAUGCAUGAUAACUUUGAUCAGAUAGGGCUUGCUCAGAAGAUUGAGAAACAUGAGCUUUUGGAAAUGAGACGUGUUGCUGCUUAUAUUUACAAGAAAGCAGGCAGAUGGAAGCAAUCGAUUGCACUUUCGAAGAAAGACAACCUUUACAAAGAUGCAAUGGAGACAGCUUCACAAUCUGGUGACCGUGAACUGGCUGAGGAGUUACUUGUUUAUUUCAUUGAACAGGGAAAGAAGGAAUGCUUUGCAUCGUGCCUCUUUGUUUGUUAUGAUUUAAUUCGUGCAGAUGUUGCCCUGGAGCUGGCCUGGAUAAACAACAUGGUUGACUUUGCCUUCCCAUAUCUGUUGCAGUUCAUCCGUGAAUACACAGGCAAAGUUGAUGAACUUGUGAAGGACAAAAUUGAGCAGCAAAAUGAAGUCAAGACUAAAGAAAAGGAAGAAAAGGACGUACUUGCACAGCAGAAUAUGUACGCUCAGUUGCUGCCCCUUGCGUUACCUGCACCACCAAUGCCCGGUAUGGGAGGAUCAUCUUCAAUGGGAGGGGGUUUUGCACCACCACCACCCAUGGGUGCCAUGGGAAUGCCUCCAAUGCCACCUUUCGGCAUGCCUCCAAUGGGUAGCUACUAACUUGGCACUGGCAGUUGUAGUGAAAAUUGGGAGUGACUCCUUGGUGGUUGGAGGGAGAACAAAUGCAGCAGCAGGAGGUUCAGAUUUACCAUUGGGUUGUGUUUCUGCAGGCGUUGAAGCCGGCAUUGUUUUUUUGUGUUCCUGUGCCUAGUGGUGAAGGUCUAGUCGAAAGAACAUGGCAUUUCCUUUUAUAUUAGGUGUGUGGAUAUGUGCUGUAAUAUCUUUAUAUUUUGGGUAGCAGAGUUAUUUUUUGGCUGCUGUAGAGGGCACGCCGAGGAUUUCCUGCUUUGUACUAUUUUUCAGAUGGUCCAAAAUUGACCCGGAUCAUAAAUAUGAAACUACCACUCAGUGGCAGUGCAGGUUAAGUGCCAAUUAGAUAUAUUCUGGCAUUUGUUUUU